AAUAAAAAGACACAAUUUUGAGAAGAUAUUUCUGGGUUGGACUUCAAGAAAAGGAAGAGAAUUUCAACGUAUACGCGGAGGAGGAAACGUAUUUUCUCCUGCUGUCACAAGGAGGCCAAGUUGCCGGCGGGGAGAAUUUCAACGGCACACACAGCCAAGCCACAUUCAUUCCGGCGGAACACUGACUAGACUGGUAGCUUCACGUAGCUUACCGAUGGUUUUUCUGCAUUUCACUUAGCUAAAAUCUUCUCUCCCAGGGAUUGCGUGCAACGUGCUCGACGAAAUUCCUGACUGACGAAGACCCUGUCGUACAACAUAUAUUGGGCAUAAAAAUCAUUUCAAGAAUGCCCUCUUUACCUCUCAAUACAAUAAAUUUUGAAAAAGUUAAUGGUGGCAUGCAUUUUCUAAAUGUUCCUGGUCUGUUAUCGAAAACUCCUACCCCCUUCUGGUUCCAGUCAAAGCCAUUUAACUUUCCCAGCUUGAAACGUAGACAUUGCGAUGUGAAGCCGUUGAUGAUCCAAGCAAGAGGAAACUCUAAAACAGAAAGUGCAAAAGUUAGAAACAGGAGGUUCCAGAAAAAGUAUAAUGGCAGCUCUACAAAACCAAGGCUUUCAGUAUUCUGUUCUGAUAAGCAGUUGUAUGCAAUGCUGGUUGACGACCAGAACAAGAAGUGCCUGUUUUAUGGAAGCACCUUACAGAAAUCUAUGCGUCCAAGUCCCUCAUGCACCACCAUCGAAGCUGCUCAGCAUGUUGGUGAAGAACUUGUGAAGGCAUGUGAAGACUUGAACAUACACGAAAUAUCAUCUUACGAUCGAAAUGGAUUUGCUCGUGGAGAGAAAAUGCAAGCCUUUGAAAUUGCAAUUUCGGGCUAUGGGUUCUUGCAACGAUAGAUAUAUGCCAAGAACUAAGCCAAGUUGUAAAUGUAAAUGCCUGUUAUAAUAACAAAGUCUGCUGUGUAUCUCUUGUUAAAAGCCAAGCUGUCACGCCGGUGAGUGAAUUAUCGUUUGGACAAUAAAACUCCGAGAUACUCGAUAGAAAUCUAUCGUUGAUCAAAUUUAACAGAAACCAUUUUCAGC